CAUACUUGGCUGGCAGCACGCUCCCUUCCUGCCCCUGCCGCUCCAGAUGCGACAGAGCACUGGGAUCUCUCACUCUCCUCUGCCCAUGAAGAAGGAUUCUCUUCCUUUUUUUUUUUUCUCUUUUUCUGUUUUUCUUUCUCUAAAUUUCAGCUUCGAUGCUACUAGAUACAUUUUUUUUUUAAUUUAUUAUUUUCUUUCUUGUAGGAAACUUCAUCUGCCGGAUUUAAAAGCAAGGUUUGAGCAGAAGAAAUUCAUUUCUGUUUACAGCUGUAAAUAUGCACGGUACUCCUGUGGGAUGAUAUCGUAGAGGGAAAGGCAAGAUUGGCUGGGAAAAUCGCCUGGACCUGGAGAAUGCAGAUGGUCCUUGGAUGAGACACUGCUGAGAAAUGGUUCUACAUCUCCCCGCAGCUGCGUUUCUCAGAGCAGAGAGAACCCCCUCAGACCCCUGUGACAUGAGCAAAGCUUCUGGCAUUUAAACCCGGGAGGAUGUCCCUAACUGACGAGCUGGACAGCCACUUCACCACCCCCUACAUGGUGACAGACACGGGCGAGGACAGUGUGUUCAGAAUCAGGCCCAACGGCUCCGCCAAUGCCACCGAGGACGACGCGUGGGCCGCCAGCUCCACGGAGGACAUGAUUGCCAUCUGCACCAUCGGGGCCAUCCUGUCGCUCAUGUGCGUGGUUGGGGUGACAGGCAACGUCUACACCCUGCUGGUGAUGUGCCACUACCUGCGGUCCUCUGCCUCCAUGUACAUUUACAUCAUCAACCUGGCACUGGCCGACCUGCUCUACCUCCUCACCAUCCCCUUCAUCGUCGGCACCUACUUCAUUCAGAAGUGGUACUUUGGGGACAUUGGCUGCCGCAUCCUCUUCAGCCUGGACUUCCUCACCAUGCACGCCAGCAUCUUCACCCUCACGGUCAUGAGCACGGAGCGCUACCUGGCCGUGCUGAAGCCCCUGGACACGGUGAAGAGGUCCAAGAGCUACCGCAAGGCCAUUGCUGUGGUGAUCUGGCUGGUGUCACUGCUGCUCACCCUGCCCAUGCUCAUCAUGAUCCAGCUGGUGCAAAGGGACAACAAAAGCAUCUGCCUGCCCACCUGGAGCAAGCUGUCCUACAAAGUCUAUCUCAGCAUCCUUUUUGGCACCAGCAUCGUGGGCCCGGGGGUGGUCAUUGGCUACCUGUACAUCCGCCUGGCUAAGAUUUACUGGGUGUCCCAGACUGCUUCCUUCAAGCAGACCAAGAGGCUGCCCAACCAGAAGGUGCUCUACUUAAUCUUCACCAUAGUGCUGGUCUUCUGGGCUUGCUUCCUGCCUUUCUGGAUAUGGCAGCUCCUCUUCCAGUAUUAUGAAUCCUUCCCUUUAUCUCCCAAGGUGAUGAAGAACAUUAAUUACUUGACGACCUGCCUGACCUACAGCAACAGCUGCAUCAACCCUUUCCUCUACACCCUGCUCACCAAAAACUACCGGGAGUACCUGAAGAACAGGCAGAGGUCCCUCAGCAGCAGCAGUGGGUACUUCCAGAGGAGGAAUCGUUUCCAGAGGAUUUCAGGGAGGUCCCUGUCCACGAGCAGCCAGCACUGCACAGAGACUUACGUCCUUGCUCACGCUCCUUUGGGAAACAGCAGUGCCUGAAGGUAAAAUAUAUCUCCAAGAACAAUCAAUACUGACUUCAAUGUUGCUUUGAUUUAAAGUGUACGUUGUGCAGGCGAAGCCUUGGCAGUGCACACAUUUAGUCCAGAGGCUAAAUGCCGUGUGUCUGUUCUCAUUUCUCCAGUGCCACUGAUUUGAUGCUAGCAGCACUCAGCUGAACAUCUAUCUAAAUAGCCUUUCACUUUUUAUCUUUAUAUAUUAUAGUGUACGUCUCCUCAAGUAGCCAUCAAUAAUGAAAGCCUAUAACAGGGCCAUGAUUUUUAAUAGUAUCAGCUGUCUCACCACAUUUAAAAUUAUGUUACCCCAUGAAUGGCUGUAGUUUGCUCUUUUUUUCCUUUAGCAGUAGUGCUAAAUUUGUAGUUGUAUGAGGACUGAAGACAAUGAAAUAAAGAAAAAGCAGCU